CCGCCGUCGGCCCCGCUGCCCCCGCCCGGGCCGGCCGCAGCAUGGCGGGAGCCUGCCCCGGGAGCCCCGGCGGGCGGCGGCGGCUGCGGGACGACGGCGUGAGGACGCACACCUCCAGCGAGCAGAGCAAAGUGGAGGACAUCGUGCAGGAGGUGUUCGACGCCUACAAGACGAACCACCACGCCGCCCAAUUCGUCCUGCAGCGGGAGAAGCACUUCCAUUACCUGAAGAGAGGCCUCCGGCAGCUGAGUGAAGCCUACGAGUGUCUGGACGCCAGCCGCCCCUGGCUCUGCUACUGGAUCCUGCACAGCUUGGAGCUGCUGGAGGAGCCCAUUCCCCAGGCGGUCGCCUCUGACGUCUGCCAGUUCCUGAGUCGCUGCCAGAGCCCGCAGGGCGGCUUCGGGGGGGGCCCCGGCCAGCACCCCCACCUCGCCCCGACCUACGCCGCCGUCAACGCGCUCUGCAUCAUCGGCACGGAGGAGGCGUUUGGCGUCAUCGACAGGUACAGCGGGGGGCCAGCACGGCGCGGGGGCUGCAGCGGGGUGGGGGCCGGGUCCGCGCUGCCCCUCGUACCCGCGUCCCGCAGGAAGAAGCUCCUGGAGUACCUGCACGCGCUGAAGCAGCCCGAUGGCUCCUUCCUCAUGCACAUCGGCGGCGAGGUGGACGUGAGGAGCGCCUACUGCGCCGCCUCGGUGGCGUCGCUCACCAACGUCCUCACGCCCGCGCUCUUCGCCGGGACGGCCGAGUGGAUCGCGAGGUGCCAGAACUGGGAGGGCGGCAUCGGCGGGGUGCCGGGCAUGGAGGCCCACGGCGGGUACACCUUCUGCGGCGUGGCGGCGCUGGUCAUUCUCAAGAAGGAGCACCUGCUGAACCUCCGCAGCUUGCUGCACUGGGUGACCGGCCGGCAGAUGCGCUUCGAGGGCGGCUUCCAGGGCCGCUGCAACAAGCUGGUGGACGGCUGCUACUCCUUCUGGCAGGCCGGGCUGCUGCCCCUGCUGCACCGCGCGCUCCACGCCCGGGACGACGCGGCGCUCAGCAUGGCACGCUGGAUGUUCGACCAGUCGGCGCUGCAGGAGUACAUCCUCCUGUGCUGCCAGUGCCCGGCCGGCGGGCUGCUCGACAAGCCGGGCAAGUCCCGGGACUUUUACCACACCUGCUACUGCCUGAGCGGGCUGGCCAUCGCCCAGCACUUCGGCAGCGGCGACCUCCACCACGAGGUGGUCGUGGGCGUCCCCGAAAACCGCCUGCAGCCCACGCAUCCUGUCUACAACAUCGCCCCGGAAAAGGUGGUGAAGGCGGUGAUGCACUUCUUGCAGCAGCCCGUGCCCAGCCUGGAGGCGGCGGGGGUAAGGGCCCCGCUCCCCCUCGGACGGCGCGGCCAAGCAGAGCGAGGUCCUCAGGGUGCUAGCGAUACCAAAAAAAAAAACAAAAAAAAACGGCCGGCCACCACCGCUGCCGCCCUCCCCGGCGGGAGCUGAGGGCGCCGCGGGUGGCGUGGCAUCAAUAAAGCAGAGCUGACACCCGC